AUGGCGGUCAUUCAUCGACUCGCAGCUGCAGCUCCAAGACCGCUGCAGCUGGUGCUGAGGAAGUACUUUUCUUCCGAAUGCCUCAAAGGUGGCAGAUCACCUGAGACUAAGACUUGCCACGCGAUCCAGAGUCAAUUGGAGAGUCGGAAGGGGUUGCCUUUUCCUGCAGGAAAGGUGCACGGAAAUCUGGCCAACAACAUGGCCUUGUCGGCAUGUGAGCGCAUGAACCUUUGGCAACAGGCAGUGCAUAUUCUGGCAGAGAUGGUGUUGCUUGGGGCGCUUGUGACGCGUGGACCCGCCCCAGAUCUUGUUUCCUACAACGCAGUCAUGGGCGCCUGCGCUGGGCAGCACCAGUGGCAAGUGGCUGUGAGUCUCUUUGUACAACUUCCGAGCCGUGGUAUUGUUCCUGAUGCAAUCUCACUUUCUGCAGUGGUGGACGCCUGCAGGAAAGGAUCUCAGCUUGGUCUUGCGAAGAAUCUUUCUCGUCAGUGGACUGCCCAAUGCAUGCAGGCAACUCUGAAGAGGUCAAUACCUACGGUAUCAAAGUCCUCAUCCAAGCUACCUUUACCGGAUUGCCCCGGUUUGCCGCUUCUACCUCGCUAUGCCCAUGUAGCUGUAUCAACGUUGGUGACACGGACACUUUGGUCUGAGGCUUUGAGCAUUUUUUGGGCGCUGGCGCCACGUGUGCGAAUCGAUAACGAUAUGCUGAACGCCGUGCUGAGAGCGUAUCAGCUGGGUCAACGAUCAUCAGAUGCCCUGGCCAUGCUGCGGCAAGCAGAGCGCAGAUUGCCAGCCUCCUUCAAUCUGCCUGACCCAGAUCGAAGAAGCUACCAUAUGGUGAUGGAGGCCAUUGGCAUAGAGUUUGCAAGGGAGGCAGAAACUAUCCCACAUGCGUUGGCUGGCCUUUCUGGAUGGCCACAUAUCUUACAAUUGCUUGAGGACUUGUGCAAUCGAAGGCUGCAGCCGAACACGCGAACCCUAAAUCUGGCAGCAACGGCAUGUUCCCGUUGCCAUGCCUGGCAACAAGCUUCUACCCUGCUCCGCAGCCUGCACGAUCGCCAGCUCCAAUGGGACAUUUUCACCUACAACGCAGCCAUCCAGGUCUCUCACCGGUCAGCGACGUCAGCGAGCGGUGCAGGUGACCUUGGAACUUUACUGCGGCGCCUGCACGCGCAGCGGCUACAGCCCAACGCAGUGGUCUUCACCACAGCCAUCGGGGCCUGCGAGCGCUCCCAUCGAUGGGAGGAGGCCAUCCACUUCCUGCGACUGGGCGAAGGCGAGGUCGGCAACCUCAUCACCUACAACUCGGUGAUGGGAGCAUGUGCCGCAGGCUCGGAAUGGCGGAGAUCUGUGGGAAUAUUUCAGCAAGUGCUGGAAAAGGGGCUCCAGCCAGAUAGUGCCAGUAUGGCGAACCUCUUGAAAGCUUAUGGGGCUGCAUCUGGCUGGCAACAUGCUUGCUGGGCCCUUUUUGAUUUGCAAUCGGCCCUUGGGUGCACAACCUCCUGGCAGCACUACUUGUCCGUUGCUGACUGCUGUGGCAUGGCAAGUGAGUGGCAGCAUGCCCUUCGGAUCUUGUUUGAUGUGCCAAGCAAGAUACCUACGGUGUAUCGCUACAGUGCCGCUAUCGGUGCCUGCAAGAAUGGUCUGGCAGCUUCGCACGAUCGCUUCGAGCUGUGGAGACACGCCUUGGCUCUUUUCUCCUCCUCGGCCCAGCUUUUGCAUGAGGGGACUCCAUGGCAGGCGCAUGACAGCAUCAACACCUCGAGCGCGCUCAUCAGUGUUUUCGAAAAGGUUGCCAUGUGGCAGCAAGCCUUGCAAGUCCAUUCCCAGAUCAGGUCGCCGAACAUCGUAGACAACAUGGCGGUGCUGGUGGCGCUAUGCGCUGGUGGUGCACGGCAUGUGGCCCAAGACGUGUAUUCGAGCAGUGAAUUGCCCUUGAGAUCACUCAGGUGGCAAGACGCUUCGGUGCUUCCUAUUCUGGAUUUGCACGAAAUGCCAGUUGCGGUUGCCGAGCUUGCGGUUGAGUGGGUGCUCGACAAGCUACAACAUCAAGAAGAACAUGGAAUCAACGGGACAAUCCUGCAUGGCUUUGCUGAAGUUGAUGGAGCAGUGCUCCAGAUUAUUACGGGUCGCGGGCUGCGCAGUCAAGGCGAAGCUAUGGUGCGCACUGCGGUCAUUGCCUUGCUCAAGUCCCGACCGGGAGUUGUCCUGGAGAUGGAUCAAAGAAAUCCUGGACUUUUGAAGUGCAGGGUAUCCAAAAAUCAUUGA